CCAAUGAAGUCGGUCCUGAGGCGGGACGAUGGCUAUCAGAUGUGCUGGCAACAGGUUGCACUGGCAGCGGGGGACAAUUUCCUGAUGUCCUUAGUUCAUUGACUAACAUCUUCUCAUCCCACUUACACUGUACAGAGCUGCUGCUGUAAAGACUGACACAGGAGCGAGGACUAUUUCGGGAUUUGGACCAUCUUUGCAGGCUGCUUGCACAGAAACCAGGAAGUCAACAUGAGCACUCUCUCCACUGACAGGAAGCCUCUUGUGGAUUACGGCGUUCAGAUCCGCUUCAUCAAGGACCUCGAUGACACAGGUGGAGGUUAUCCUGAUAAAAAUAAAGGAAGCAACAGUGCAACUCCUCCUUCCAAUAAGUAUGGGGUGGCAGUGCGGGUUCAGGGAAUCUCUGGACAGCCAUAUGUGGUCCUGAAAGAUGGCGAGAAAGGUGACUCUUACGGAGUUCAGCUAAACACUCCCACCCCCAGCUCAGGGCCACCUUCACCUUGCAACAGCCUCCCCAAAAUUUAUAAAGAACCAGCAGAAUUAACAAACCCCUAUAGUCCUGCUGUAAAUUCACCUCGCUCCCCUGUUUCUGCUGAUGAGGAUGGGGAGAUUUUUGGGAGCCCUCUUAAAAGACCUCCAGGGGACGGUCAAGCAGGAACCCAAGGGGAGGAGGAGGGUGGAGCUGGCAGAGAAGGGCAUGUAGGGAGAUCGAAAGCUGAACCCAAACUCAAAGCAACAGCCAGUGAAGCAGAGAAAAACAGAGAUUGGACCAGUAAAGAUGAGUAUAAUGAAGCAGGGCUGAAACCUGUCAAAUUAAAUGUUGUGGGACCCAGAAAGGUCACGCAAACUGGCUCUGGUUUCACCGGCUCUUUGGGGCGAUACAGUGGGAAAAAACAGACUACAUCUUCCCCUUCAGAGACGCUCCCAGAACCUCCAGCAUCAACCGGUGAGGAGCCUGUCCCAACAAUCGAUACCAACUCCCUGGCUCCCAUCAACAAGCUCAUCAGUAAGUUCAACAGUGGAACGCCUGGCAGCGCCCCACAGACGAGAGGCCGCUCCGGAGCGAGGCAGCGGCUCAGGUUUGACGAGCGCAGGCGGUCCAGAAGUCUUGAUGCUAGAAAAGAUAUUCAGCCUGAGGUUUCCCUUCCCUCUCCUAGCUCUCCGACUCUGAAUCCCUACGCUGUUCCUUUGUCUACCUCUUCCAAUUUGUUGACGUCAUUUGCCCCAGCAAGCGGUAGCCUCGGAAGGAGCCCUGCAUCUGUUUCCAAGGUGACAGCACUCGAGGCCCCCUAUCCGAGCUUUAAGUCACCAGGGAAGUUUGUUGCCAAGGCCACCACUCCGGCUGUAGCAAAAAAGCCUGAGAUACCUCCGAGGAGCCAAACGAGUCAGAGCACAGAGGUCAUCAGUGAGGAGGAAGCUCAAGUUAAGCAAACUAUUUACAACACCCUUAAAGAUGGCACCAGUGAGAGCGAGGGAUCCCUCAAAAGAAAGGUCAACCUUGUCUAUGAGACAACCGGCAGUUAUAAGAAGGAAGGAUCUGAUGUGAGCUUCAAAAAGAGGAACCUCGAGGAGCUUCAGGAGCAACUCAAUCGCUGCAAGAAAGAACUGCAGCAGGCCCAUGAUGAACUGGCUGAGGAGCGUAUGGCCAGAGAGGGGGCGGAGUCUCGUCUGCGCCUACAGGAAGAUCAGCUGGCUGAGCUUCAAGAGGAGCUGAGGAGGGUUUCAGAAAACUCACCUCACUCAGACUCACUGCAGACGGAUGUGAUGAUUCUGCAGGCCGAGCUGGCGGAGGCUGCCAUGUUACAUCAGCGCCAGGAGGAGAUUCUACACCAGCGGGAGCGGGAGCUGACGGCCCUGAAGGGGGCGCUAAAGGAGGAGGUGGAGUGCCAUGACAGAGAGAUGGAGGAUCUGAGGGAGCAGUACAGCCAGGACAUGGAGAACCUGAGAAGAACCAUGGAGCAGGUCACACAGUCGCAGGAGCAGAUAGAAGAGGAGAGGGAGAGGGUGAACGCCUCCAUGUUGUUCCUGGAGGUAGAACUGGAGAGCUGCAGAGAUCAGGGAGAGCAGUGGAAGACGCAGCUGGAGGCCACCACACAGGAGAGCGGGGAGCACAUCUACAGUCAAAUGCUGCUGAAAUCCCGUUUGGAGAAGGAAGAAUUUGAGGGCGAGCUGAAGGAUCUUCAGGAUUCACUGCUCACCAUGAAGAAACAAAUGCCUGCAUCUGAUGAUAACCGUGCUUCAGCAGAGGAGCUUCAGCGUUGCCAUGAUGAUCUGAAGCGGGCUCGCACCGAUCUGGACAAACAAAAGGGCGAGUUAGACGAGAAGAGGGAGGCACUUCAAGCCCUGAAGAAAGCGAGUGGAGAGAAAGAGGCUGAGCUUCUGUCUGAGAUCAGCAGGUUGAAGGAGCAGUCGCAGAAAGACAAAGUCCACCUGGAAGAGGCACUCGAGAAGGCAAAGGAGUCGUCAGCUGGGUCUUUGGGAAACACUGUGGUGGACCACGGCACCAGCCUGGAGCUCCAGGAAGCAAACACUCGCCUCAGAGAGAGGCUGGCCCGCAUGACUAGGUUUCACUCCAGCGUGCCCCGGAGCUCAGAGGCCGAGGAGGCGGUGGAAGCUCUGGAAGAUGAGAACCGCUCCCUGAAGUCUCAGCUGGAGGAGGCCAAGAGAGGAACCACCCGCCUGAGUAAGGAGAGGGACGAGCUGACCCGGCGGCUGGAGGAGAGAGACCUGGAGAGGGAGGCACUGAGGAGGGGCAAGAGUGACCUGGAGGAGCAGAAGAGGCUGCUGGACCGAGCCCUGGAGAAGAUUAACAAAGAGAUGGAGGUGAUGAUGGGAGAUUCCCGUCAGUCGGUGGCCGCCCUGCAAACACAACUUGACGACUACAGGGAGCGCUCGAGGAAGGACCUGCAAGAAGCCCAGCGCAACAGCAAGGACAGGCUGGCAGAGCUGCAGAGGGCUCAGAGUAACCUCAAGGCCCAGCAAGAAGAGGUUUCCCGUCUGAAGAAGGAGCUGCUGGUGUGCAGUGAGGAGAGAGACAGCGCCCAGCUGGAGAGAGACCUCCUCAACAACCGUCUCAAACACUUAGAGAGCGAACUAGAAUCAGAGAAGAGCACCUACACUGACCGCACCAGGGAGAUCAGGGGCCUGGAGGAUAAAAUCAAGACACUGGAGAUCGAACUGGAUGAGGAGAGGAGCAGCGUGGAGCUUCUGAACGACCGCAUCACACGUAGCAGAGAUCAGGUGGACCAGCUUCGUUCAGAGCUGAUGCAGGAGCGUUCAGCGAGACAUGACCUGGAAAUGGACAAGAGCGCACUUGAGAGACAGCUGAAGGAGUUGAGGUCUCGUGUGGCAGACAUGGAGGGACAGACUCGGCCCCCAGCUGGACUCACCCUGCUAGAAAACAAAAUUCAAGAGUUGGAGGAGAGACUACACAGUGAAGAAAGAGAGAAGGCCAGCAUCCAGGCUUCUCAGCGACGAAUGGAGAGGAAACUAAAGGAGCUAAACGCCACGUUAGACCAGGAGAGAAGCCAACAUGUUGAGCAGAGAGAUCAGUUAUUUCUGCGCGUGAAGGCCUUGAAACGGCAGGUGGACGAGAGCGAGGGAGAGGUGGAGCGCUUGGAGGGAGUCCGCCGGAAGGUUCUCAGAGACCUGGAGGAGCAGCAGGAGCUCCAGGAAGCACUGCAUGCCAAAGUCACAGCCCUGGAGAAUGAACUAAAGCGGAAGUCACAGCAGACACAUCGUGCAGCUCUGGGCUCCUCCACUUUGAGCUCUGAGGAUGAGGACGGUUUCUAUGACACCAACAUCACCUCCAUCCUGAAUGAGAGCCAUCUACAGACCUCCAACUGCUAAAGGAAAAUGGCGGCAUGAAUAAAAAGACCUAUAAAAAGAUUUUUUUUUUCUACAGUGCAAACACUUGUAAGAUUGUGUCAGAGAAAGGUACUCACUCAGAGUAUCAAGGACUCGCUCAUGUGAAGAACUUGGUUGCCAUGCACUACAAAUUUGCCUUGCAGUUGUUCCUGGUUUUAUUUUUAGUACAGCAGUCCAACAGAGACAGGUUGUCAGGAUAAUUAGAUUUCAUUGUUUUGAGCCUUCAGCUGUGACUGCUUCAGUACUGUCAUGUUUUAUCUGUCUUGAGAUCUUUUCUUUUUCUGUUAUGUUGAAAAGAAAAAUUACACUUACGUAGAAAUACAAGGUUUUACUUCUUGUACUUCAACUUGAAUCAUGAUUUCAGAAAAGCUCUUUGCUGUGUGUUCUCUGUAUUGACUAUAUUUACUGUACUCUACUGUGGUAACACAUUACUGUGGCAUGGUUUAUGUUCAGAGGUCAUACAGUGGACUUGAAAAUUCAAACCACUUUAAAAUAACUUAGAUAAAUUUUCCUAAUUGUUCCAGUCUGAUAUCUGUUUGCUUUUGCAUGAUAAGUUACAUCUGUCAGUGUUGUUAGCAGCUCCAAGUGUUUCUUUGUGUAUUGAAAGUGAUGUUUUUUUUUGUUUUGUUUUUACCUUUGAAUGUGACAAUGAUGGGCUGUUUAAACUGAGCCUAUAUUUUUAUGCUUUAUUAGCUGUGCGUACCUGUUACUCAAGACAAUCAAAUAUACAUACUGUCGCACUGUGUGUCCUCAGAGAUGAAUCCUCUCCUUAUAGGAUUUUCUACUUUAACCAUCAUAUUUCUGAUGUGGUGUAAUAUAUUAUGUAUUAAGGUUGAUUCAUGUGCAUGUUUUCACUCACGCCUUAAAAAUUAGCUUCAUAUCUUUAUUUUCACUUCAUGUUGUCGCCGCACGUGGUCUGUUUAUAUACUGCUGCUGUAAUGAUUUAAAUAGUAUUUCAUAUAUUUAAGCAUAUUUCAUAUGCUUGCCUGUGCUUGCAUCUCCUGUACAUUCCUAUUUGAAGAAUGAUUAGCUUAGAUUUGGAAGCAUUUCACAUUGCUGUUUCACUCGAUCAUUAUGAAUGUUGAUUAUAAUCUCCGAAUGACAUUUUGAUGGUGUUCUUACAUUUUUAACAUGUCACUUUUAAAAUUUGUAUCUGGGCAAUUACAAGCAAGCAUGCUAUUAAAUGUAGAAUAUGUUUAUUAAGCUGCUGGUAACAUUUGAUAUGCGGUGCAGAGCUUUGUAAGCUUUCCCCAAAUUUUGGACUGUGUACAAUAAAAAGAGGUAUAUUGUA